UGUCCUGGCCGCAGGACGCACGUUCGUUUCGACUCGUGCAUUUCGCGUCGUCUCUAACCUCCAAAACCCCCCGAACUUUCGCACUUCGCAGUAGUGUGGUGUCGUGUCCCCGAAAGAUGUAGUGGCUUUCCCAAUCGGCUUUCACGUGUGUUUCCUCUCUGUGUUUCUCAUGUUUUCCCGUGUCUCUGCGUGACUCUGCGCGAUGUGUGCGCGAGUGGUGUUGUUGUGUUUGUGUUUGGGCUGGGGGGCUUCGGCCUCAGGUCACGCGCUUUUGGAGCCCAACGCGGUGAGCAAGGGUGGAUUUUUUACCGAGCUUACUGUUUGUCCCUGGUCCUGCACCUGUACCGGACUUGCGAUCGACUGCUCCCAUCGAGGACUCACCCAGAUCCCGAAAAACAUCCCAUCGACUGCUGAAAAAUUAGAUCUCAGCGGGAACAGUAUCACUGUAAUUCAUGGAUCAGCAUUUGAGGGUCUCUCCAACCUGAAAAAUCUGCAUCUGUCAAAAAAUUGGAUACAUAGGAUCGAAAAAGGUGCUUUUCGAGGUUUAACGUCCCUCGGAAAAUUGCAAUUGGAUAACAACGUCUUAAAAUGCAUCGACAGGCAUGCGUUUCGCGGCUUGAAGAGUCUAGAAAUUCUGACUCUGAACAACAACAACCUAACGUCGAUGCCGAAGGACCUGUUAGAGGACACGAUCCGCCUUAAGACGCUACGGCUCAACGACAACUUCCUCAUCUGCGACUGUCAACUGUCCUGGCUCUCAAAAUGGCUCAAACGCAAGAGCCGGCUCAACUUUGUCGCCAAGUGCUUCUCGCCGAACCAUCUGAAAACCAACAACCUUGUCGACCUACGCGAAGAGGACUUCAAGUGCUCCGGUUUGGCCGAACGGAGCGUGGGUGAGGAGUGCACAAGCGAGCCGGCGUGUCCGCAUCCCUGCAGGUGUGCCGACGGCAUCGUUGACUGUCGGGAGAAAGCCCUCACAAAAAUCCCUUCUUUUCUCCCUGAGAGCAUGACGGAAUUACGGCUCGAGCAAAAUGAAAUCACAGAGAUACCACCAAAAGCUUUCACGAGCUACAAAAUGCUCCGGAGGAUAGAUCUCAGCAAGAACCACAUUUCCAAAGUCGCCGCCGACGCGUUUCAAGGUCUAAAGUCUCUGAAUUCUUUGGUCUUGUAUGGAAACAAGAUCAAGGAUCUUCCGAAAGGCGUCUUUCAUGGAUUAACGUCCUUACAACUUCUGUUACUGAAUGCCAACGAGAUAUCAUGCAUCCGGAAGGAUACUUUCAAGGACUUGAUCAGCCUGAAUUUAUUAUCCCUUUAUGACAACAACAUCCAAUCAAUGGCAGAGGGGACCUUUGACGCCAUGAAGAGCAUCCAAACACUUCAUUUGGCGCGAAAUCCGUUCAUCUGCGACUGCAACCUCCGAUGGCUGGCCGAAUACCUCCACCAAAACCCAAUCGAAACCUCCGGCGUUCGCUGUGAAUCGCCCAAGAAGAUGAUGCGACGCCGUAUUGAAGCCCUCAGAGACGAAAAAUUCAAAUGUAAGGGCACGGAAGAACGAACCUUCCAUGGGGACUGCAUGAUCGAGAGAGCAUGCCCGACAAACUGCUCUUGCGAUGGAACAAUCGUUGAUUGCUCUGCGAGAGGGUUGAAGGAAGUACCGAAAGACAUCCCUGCCUACACUACCGAACUGCUUUUGAAUGAUAACAACAUUGAGGUGAUCAAAGCAGAUGGGCUCUUUGGGCGGCUACCCCAACUCCAUCGUCUGGACCUAAGGAAAAAUGAAAUCAAAUUACUGGAAGAAAAUACCUUUGAAGGAACUACUCUUUUAUCGGAAUUAAAUCUCGCUGAGAACAAGCUGACCAAAAUCACAAACAAAAUGUUCCAAGGUCUUCAUACAUUAAAAAUUUUAUCCCUGAAUGACAAUUUGAUAACAUGCGUCAUGCCUGGUUCCUUUGAUAUCUUGAACGAACUUCAUACAUUAAACUUGAAAUCCAAUCCAUUCCAAUGUAACUGUCACCUUGGAUGGUUCCCUGAAUGGCUGAAACGAAGGAAGUUGACUGCUGGUAGUCCAAACUGCGGUGGACCAGCCAGAUUGAAAGACACCCCAAUUCAUGAAAUUCCACCACAUGAAUUCAAAUGCACAAGCGAUCAAGAUCAAGGUUGUUUGGGGGAAAAUUACUGCCCAUCGAAAUGCAAAUGCACAGGAACUGUCGUCCGAUGCAGCCAAUCGAAACUUACCGAAAUCCCUCGUGGAAUACCUGCCGAAACUUCAGAACUAUACCUAGACGUGAAUGAAAUCACAUCAAUUCAAGCUGACCGUCUGAGGCACCUGAAAUCCUUAACACGAUUGGACUUGAGCUACAACAAAAUCACAGUUCUGGCGAACAAUACUUUCCAACACUUGUCAAAGCUGUCGACCCUGAUUGUCAGCUACAACAAGCUUCAAUGCAUUGAAAAGAAUGCUCUUGCUGGACUGAAAUCUUUGAGAAUCAUUUCUCUGCAUGAGAAUAAUUUAUCCAUGAUUCCUGAUGGCGCUUUUGCCGAUUUGAUGAGUGUCACUCAUUUAGCGUUGGGAGCCAAUCCAUUAUACUGUGAUUGCAACUUAGGGUGGCUGGCAGAAUGGGUGAAACGAGAUUUUGUAGAACCUGGGAUUGCAAGAUGCACGGGUCCAAUCAACAUGCGUGACAAGUUGCUCUUAUCCACUCCAACACAUCUUUUCACUUGUGAUGGUCCAGUCAGCGAUGAGAUCCUAUCAAAAUGUGAUGCAUGCUACACAAAACCUUGCAGCAACAAUGGUGUGUGCGAAGCCCUACCGGAGAGACAGUUCAACUGUCGGUGCGCUCCUGGUUUCCACGGAAAGCUGUGUGAACAUACAAUUGAUGCAUGCUAUGGCAACCCUUGUCGGAACUCUGGAACUUGCAAACUUUUGGAAGAAGGGAGAUUUAGUUGUGAGUGUGCACCUGGCUUCACUGGCGCUCGUUGCGAAAGCAACAUCGACGACUGUUUGAAACACCAAUGCAAAAACAACGCAACCUGCAUCGAUUUGAUCCAAGCGUACGAAUGCCGCUGCUCUCCAGGGUACAUGGGAACGUACUGUGAAACAAAGAUCCCAUUCUGCACGAAAGAGUACAAUCCCUGCCACAAUGGAGCCAAAUGCAUCAAUCACUUCACGCACUACUCCUGCGAAUGUGCUCCAGGAUUCUCAGGCGAGAACUGCACCAUCAAUAACGAUGAUUGUCAAAACCACAUGUGCCAGAAUGGUGGCACUUGUGUUGAUGGAGUGAACGAUUACACUUGUACCUGUCCCGGGGACUAUGCCGGAAAAUUUUGCGAGAUAUCACCUAUGGUUGCCAUGCUCUAUCCACAAACAUCGCCCUGUCAGCACCACGAGUGCAAGAAUGGUAUCUGCUUCCAGCCGCAGGGAUCAUCGGACUACUCUUGUAAAUGUGCUCCUGGUUACUCAGGAAAACGAUGCGAAUAUCUGACUAGUCUGAGCUUCAUCCAUAGUUCAUCUUUCGUUGAAAUGGAACCGUUAAGAACAAAACCAGAAGCCAAUGUUACUGUCGUCUUCUCCACAACACAAGAAAACGGUGUCUUGCUGUAUGAUGGUCAAUCAGAACAUUUGGCUGUUGAAUUAUUCAAUGGCAGGAUUCGAGUGAGCUAUGAUGUUGGAAAUUAUCCGGUUUCAACCAUGUACAGUUUUGAAACUCUGACUGACGGAAAAUAUCAUGUUGUCGAAUUAAUUGCCAUCAAAAAGAACUUUACCUUGCGAGUUGAUCAUGGAAUUGCUCGCUCUAUCAUCAAUGAAGGCUCUCGGGACUACCUGCGCCUGACUACGCCACUCUUCCUUGGUGGAGUGCCAGCUGAAGUUGGUCAAGAGGCAUUCUCACAUUGGCAUUUACGCAAUGCAACAAGCUUUAACGGCUGCAUGAAAGAAAUCUGGAUCAAUCACAAGUUGGUCGACUUCACGAACGCAGCACGGCAGCAGAAGGUGACGCCAGGCUGCUCUUUGGUCCAGGAUGAGGAACAGAUGGUCGAAGAAGAGGGUGAGCGACCGAUAGAGCGCAAAUUAACAGAUGUCGAAUCCAAGCUGGACGUUGGCAUGAAUGUGGACCCGUGUCUGAGCAACAAGUGUCAGAAGGGCUCCAAGUGUAUCCCCAAUGAAAUGGGUGACUAUACUUGCAAGUGCAUGCCAGGCUUCACUGGCAAGUAUUGUGAUCAAGCUCCAUCUUGCAACAAAGUGCAAACCAAAGAAUAUUACACUGAGAACGGAUGCCGAUCACGGAAGCCUCUCAAGAUGGCCAAGUGCGAUGGUUCCUGCGGCUCCAGUUGUUGUCGUCCACGGAAAACCAAGCGGCGCAAAGUUCGCCUCGUGUGUAACGACGGGACGCGCUACACCAGAGAAGUGGAAAUAAUCCGAAAGUGCGCGUGUACAAAGAAAUGUUACUGACUAUCAGGCCCCUCCGAGAAACAACCCCAAUCCACCGAAAUUAAAAGUGAAUCGAAUAGUUCUGUGCUCCAAAUCGCGCUGCCCCAUGUGAUCGUCGAAAGCCCUUGUGUGAGUGCGCCACGCUACUCGGUCGCAGUAUACGCAUCUGCAAUCCUCGAUUAUUUUAUUUAUUUUGUACAUAUUUCGCUGUUUAGUCACUUGUUCAUCGUAGUCAUCUGGUCUGUCUGCAUUGGUCUGUAUCUGCUCCUGCCAUAGCAUACGUGCCAUCGACUCUGUCCCAGGGUCGAAUCAUUCAGGCUGCGGGGAAAGCAUUUUUAUCUCAGGGUAACAUUGUUUCUUAAUGCCAACAUCUAUCCUUCAGCAAAAACCGUGCUUUCCACAAGACAUUUCUCCUAUCAAGAAAGAAUCAAAAGUAUAUUUUGUCAUAGCACGUAAUAUUUUCUUCUUUGAAAUUGGGUUCUCUUGAAACUAAUUAGAUCACCAAACCAAUUUUUGGUAAACUUGUAAUCUUCAUAAGAAAGAACAGUGAAUUUACUUGAAAUUACCGUAAAAUGUUUGAAUUGUUUUAUGUUUGACGGGCAUUUAAAACAUUGCAGGAAUACCUAUCAGGUUUUUUCAAGGCUGCUUCAAAGUAAAUUGAAAAACAUUCUUGCUACUUUUAUGGGAGAGUAGACUAAAAAAAUAUUUCAGUCAUCUCGCAAGUUUCAGAUCUCAUUUAGGUGUGUAAAAUUUUUUGGUUCCUCCAAGCUCAGGAAAUAAAGUUAGAAACUAAAAUUUCAAAGCAGUUUUUCUGUCGCGAUGCAAGUAUAAGAGAACGCAGCUACUCACCUCUCAAUCAACAAUGAAAACUAGCGCCCUAGCAUUUAUUUUAGGAGCCAAAUGAAGAUCAAAGCUAUCCAAAAUGGGCGGACUAGCUUUGUGCAUAAUUUUGUGAGAUUUUAAAAACUGACUCUUGUCCAACCGACUAUUUUUGUACCACUGGGAUCCCUUUUUCCUUAACCAACAGCCCCUCCUAGGAGAAAGUAGCGCUAUAAAAUUGGGAAAAAAAUUCAAAAUUUUUACGUUCCUAGAGUUCUGGAACAUCAACCUUUCCUCAGUUUGACAGCACUAGGGUUUGUUUUCUUUUCAGUGAUUUCAUCAUUCUCAUUUGGAAAUAGUUACUCUCUGAAAAAAUGCUUUCUCCUGGUCCGUUGUUUUGAUCUUGGGUGCCUUCUUGCAAAUGUAGGUUUCUUCAUAGACCUAGCAAUGUGUAACUUUUUAAGCUACGUCUAAUUCCAGCAAAAUUUCUCUGCUCGAUAAUCACACUUUCCGAGAGUUUCUAAGAACUUUUCAAAAAAAGAACGGACAAGUUCAGAAUCAAGAUUUUUUAUUUAGACCACUUUUUAAUUGUCUCAUAAAUCUGUUUUCAUAGUAUGGAUCUUUUAGAUUGACUGACCUAGAUUCAUUUUCAAGUGCCAUUGAACUUAAAAUUAUCAAUUACUACUACUGCCAUCACUUGUAUUUCAAACUUUCGACUGAUUCUAAUGGUUUUUUCCCCUUAAUUUUGUUGUUCAGUUUUUAUAAAAGGCUAUUGAUUAUUAUGAUCUGCAUUUUGUCGGAAAAGUUCUUAAGAAUCUCCUCAAGUUCUACCUCAUCUCUCCAGAGUUUUCCAAACUAGACUCUCAAAUCAUAACAUAUUCAUUAUACUCAUCCAUAAUUUUUUUUCUACUUUUAGAUGUAAUCUAUAAUGAUUUGCUUCAAAAUCAAUAUACGUUUUUACACUUUCAACUUUUUCAACAAAGCAGGUCUUGCAUGAGCUAUUGUUGAUUUCAACUUUUAAAUGGACAGUGAUAAUUUUCAGCUUUCACCUUUUAUGUUGGCAAGCAUUUAUUUUAUGAUCUUUUUACAUGGACGAUUUCCUUACAUUUUUUAAUUCAUGUUAAAAUACUUCUCUAGAAAGAUUGGAUUAAUAAGACAAGCUUUCAGUCUAAAGUAAGAGGAAUGAAAUUCCUCUCUUUUUGUCAUACUGCAUUUUGUCACCUUCCCCGGAAUUGAUACAAGCGCCAUUUACGAUGAGGCAUUAUGUUGUCUGACUUCUAAAACUAAUGAACAGAAUUACUUGCAAAUUUAUCUACCCAAUAUUUCUUUUGUCAUCAAAAUUAUUUUCUGUAAUUUUCAUGAAAGAAUGUGUCAAAUUUAAAGAAAAAAUAAAAAAAAUAGAGAUGUCUAGCAACAUAGCGUCAAAGCUUAAAUGGUGCUUGGUCGGAAAGUAAUGCUUUAUUCAACGAAACAGAAGAUAAUUUUGAGUUCUUUGAAUAAUGUCGGGGGUUUUCCGGCUUUUUUUAGUAGUUUAUUUUACAAUGAUUUUUGACGCAUGAGUCUGAUAUGGGAGACCCAAAGAAGUGGAGGAAAAAAAAACAAACCCUAUUUUGCUCCGAAGAACAAUUUUUCAUCCGAAAUUUUAGAGAGAGACAAGUGACUUUCAGAAGUUUUUUUUUGUACAUACCUGUUAUUAAUUUGGUUGUUUGAUAAUUCUUUUCCAUUAAUUUGUCAAGAGUUUAUUGGAGAUGCUGGCGUGUUUCUCAGGCGAUAAGUUGUAUGGAGGGGCCUUCCUAUUGAUUUUGUUUCCUUUCAGAAGUUUAAUUGUUUUGAAGUCUCACGAAGAGAGACCGAAACUGUGUAUGGUUUUCUCCUUUUUGUAUUUUUUUAUUUAUUUGUUUGUUUCUUUAUUUCCUAAGUAUAUAUUGUAAUUAUUUCUUAUCAACUCACAUUUCUAUGUUGCUCUCUUUUUAGGAACCCCAAUUCUCAUCGUUGGCAGAUCGUAUUUUUAAAGUUAGGAUGUUCAAAUCUUCGUUUACGAUUUCAUCUCUUAAAAUUUGAAAAUGCAAUGAGACAUUGGCAUGUUCAGUAUGAUUACACAAAGAGAUAUCGUAUGAUGGUAGGCAAUUUUACUUCAAGUCAUCAAAAUUAAUUGACACAUCCAGAACUUAAUAAGAGGUUUUCGGAUCAAAGAUGUUUACAACAUAAUCCAGUGGUGAAAUAGUUUCAAUCAGCAUGUAAGUAACAAACAACACUUAGAUUGUCUCUACUUAAGAUUGAUCAUACAAUUAUAUUUCUCUUCACAAACCAAAAAGAGAAAAACGAGCCCUAUUUCAAAACAAAGAAAUCAAAAGACUUAGAUGAUUGAUGUUUCUUCGAGCAAUUAUUAAUCGAGCCAAUCAGUAUUCCUUUUUUAUUUUCUUCUAAGUUUGUAUGUUUACAGCAUAUUCUGAUGUAUUUAUAGAAGCAAAGUCUGAUUUCUACUUACACUGAAAAAUCUAUAUAAAUCCCAACUAUUUUUCAUGUUAUCUGAUUAGAGUUCAGCUAUUUUACCAACCUAUCAAUUGUAUGGAUUUAACGAGACUGAUAAUGAGAUAGCUGCUCAGAGGGGAAAGGGCGGGCACCUGGACUCUACUUCAGAAUCCACGCUGCAGAUGAAUAAAGAGCCUUUCAACACCAGUUAGUAUGGUUUCAUGGCUUAAAAGUACCUAGAAGCUGCUUCUCUCAGGCCUCAAAUCCGAAAAAUGAAUUUGGAAAAGAUUCAUACCUCUCCUUCAACUUGAGUGAAUGUUCCCCCCCACCCCUCCCCUCAUCACUUCAAAAUACCAAGACAUAGCUAAGAUUUAAAAAAAAAAAAAGACCCCAUGGUAUGUUUAAAAACAGAGAGGCUGCAAAAUUAUUCUCAACAUACCUUUGAAAAGGAUCUUGAAGGGUUAGUUUUAUCUCAAAAUCUAUCAGUAUUUAAGUAAAAUUAAUUUUAAAAAAAAAAAAAAAAAAAAAAAAAAAACUCUUACUCAGAGAGAGUAGAGCUUCUGCCAAAUAGGCAUAUCAGUAAACUUCUUAUCACUGCAGUCAAUAGAGAAAAUGAAGUACUCUCCAAGAAAAUUAGACACAUAGCGAGGAAAUUUCCCAGUCAAUGACUUCAAGUAAAAACUGUUAUCCUCGCGUUCCUGUCAUCAUUUUUGGGGGAGGGGUGAAAAUAUCCCUUUUUUCCGUGGCUGACCAUUGAUACCUGUAAAUAUGCACAUAAUAACUUUUAGCUUUUAAAUUUUCACCUUAACCUGACCUUGCCCAUUUUUGCGAGGGUGCGGUCAUUAAAUAUCAAGCUUUCAAAUUCUCGUUUCGCUAUGCGAAUUGAAGACUUUUUGGAGUUGUAGAAUUAAUCUUACCCUAGUCCUUCAACACUAAAAUGGAGUUUUUCCUGAGAAUUUCAGGGAUUCUUGUUCAUAAACGUCAGUUUUUGUUUCAGUCUCUCACCAAAUACUCAAAUGCUGCAUCCAUCUUGUAUUUGUUUUUUUGUGGAUUUAUUUCCGUAUCUCAUCUCAUUAUAUAAAGACUCACUUGAGGACUAUAACCAAGUUGUUUAAUUUAGAUCCCUAUUUCUGUACAUACCAUACCAUAAGAUCAACUAUCUAACUUAUUUUGUAAAGUGUUUUUAGAAUAAGAAUAAACACUAGUGUCUGAAACUGUC